AUGUGGCUGAAGCUUUUUUUCUUGCUCCUCUAUUUUCUGGUCCUGUUCGUCCUGGCCAGGUUUUUUGAGGCCAUUGUGUGGUACGAAACUGGCAUCUUUGCCACCCAGCUGGUGGAUCCGGUGGCUCUCAGCUUCAAGAAGCUGAAGACCAUUCUGGAGUGCCGGGGGCUGGGGUACUCGGGGUUGCCCGAGAAGAAGGAUGUCCGGGAACUGGUGGAAAAGUCAGGUGACCUGAUGGAAGGUGAGCUUUAUUCUGCACUCAAAGAAGAAGAAGCAUCUGAAUCUGUUUCUAGUACCAAUUUCAGUGGUGAAAUGCACUUCUAUGAGCUUGUAGAAGACACAAAAGAUGGCAUCUGGCUGGUUCAGGUUAUAGCAAAUGACAGAAGUCCUUUGGUGGGUAAAAUCCACUGGGAGAAAAUGGUGAAAAAGGUGUCAAGAUUUGGAAUACGUACAGGCACGUUUAACUGUUCCAGUGACCCCAGAUACUGCAGGAGAAGAGGCUGGGUACGAUCCACACUCAUUAUGUCUGUUCCACAAACAAGUACUUCUAAAGGGAAAGUCAUGCUUAAAGAAUACAGCGGCCGCAAGAUUGAAGUAGAGCACAUUUUUAAGUGGAUAACUGCUCAUGCAGCUUCACGGAUCAAAACCAUUUAUAAUGCUGAACGUUUGAAAGAAGAAUGGAAUAAAAGUGAUCAAUACUGGGUAAAAAUAUACCUAUUUGCAAACCUUGACCAGCCCCCAGCUUUCUUCUCUGCACUAAGCAUAAAGUUUACUGGAAGAGUUGAGUUUAUUUUUGUAAAUGUGGAAAAUUGGGACAAUAAGAGUUAUAUGACAGAUAUUGGUGUAUAUAACAUGCCAUCAUACAUACUUAGAACUCCUGAAGGAAUUUACAGGUAUGGAAACCACACAGGCGAAUUUAUAUCCCUUCAGGCCAUGGACUCAUUUUUGCGCUCAUUACAACCUGAAGUAAAUGAUUUGUUUGUUUUGAGCUUGGUUCUAGUUAAUCUUAUGGCUUGGAUGGACUUAUUUAUCACACAAGGAGCUACCAUAAAACGAUUUGUGGUUCUCAUAAGCACUUUAGGGACAUAUAAUUCUCUAUUAAUUAUUUCCUGGCUACCUGUGUUGGGCUUUUUACAGCUCCCUUACUUAGAUAGCUUUUACGAGUAUAGCUUAAAAUUGUUGAGAUAUUCCAAUACAACCACGCUGGCUUCAUGGGUCAGGGCAGACUGGAUGUUUUAUUCUUCACACCCAGCCUUGUUUCUUAGUACAUACCUUGGACAUGGUUUACUAGUCGAUUACUUUGAGAAGAAGAGACGGCGCAACAACAACAAUGAUGAAGUCAAUGCCAAUAACUUAGAGUGGUUAUCAAGCCUGUGGGACUGGUACACCAGCUACCUCUUCCACCCGAUUGCUUCUUUUCAGAACUUUCCUGUAGAAUCUGAUUGGGACGAAGACCCUGACUUGUUCUUGGAGCGAUUAGCUUUCCCUGACCUUUGGCUUCACCCUCUGAUACCAACUGAUUAUAUAAAAAACUUGCCAGUGUGGCGAUUUAAAUGUCUUGGAGUCCAGUCUGAAGAGGAGAUGUUGGAAGGUUCUCAAGAUAUUGAAAAUGACUCAGACAGUGAGAGCAUAGACACUUUUAGCAGUGAGAAGGAAGUAUUUGAAGAUAAACAAAGCGUAUUUCACAAUUCUCCAGGAAGAGCAAGUCACUGUGAUGCUGAGGCUUGUUCGUGUGCCAAUAAAUAUUGUCAGACCAGCCCUUAUGAAAGGAAGAGGCGGUCAUAUGGAUCAUACAGCACUAAUGAAGACAUGGAACCUGAUUGGUUAACUUGGCCUGCUGAUAUGCUGCACUGUACCGAAUGUGUUGUUUGCCUAGAGAAUUUUGAAAAUGGAUGUUUGCUAAUGGGGUUGCCUUGUGGUCAUGUGUUCCAUCAGAAUUGCAUUGUGAUGUGGUUGGCUGGGGGCCGACACUGUUGCCCUGUUUGCCGGUGGCCUUCUUAUAAAAAAAAGCAGCCAUAUGCACACCACCAGCCCUUGUCAAAUGAUGUCCCAUCUUAACCAUGUGCAAUUUGUCCUUUAUAAGCUUUGCGUAUCUUACAGCUUGCCUUUUUAAUGUUAGUCGCAAUGUUUUUGUGGUUUGACGUUUAGUUUAAUGUUAGUGCAGUGACAGGAAAUAUACAUUUUGCUAAUGUUGAUGACAAUUAUUUGGUUGCCUUGUGUGUCAAUAUGAAUGCAUACUUAAAUGUAAAAAUUUUUAUUUACAACAUUGGAAAUUCAGAAGUUAAUGUUUUUUUGUAAGCACAAAAGAAGUAUGAUAGAAAUUUAUCCUAGCAAGACUUUACAAGGUAGGAUCAAAUUCUAAUGGAAUUGAGGCGGUUUCUUAUCCUAAAUGUUUCCUCCCUUUUUACAAUCUGUGUCCAGCACCUCUUGGUUAAAUAAUGUAUGCUCUGAGACAUGAAAUUAAAACAGACCUAUGAAAUAAAUUAUUU